GCUGAGCCCCGGGCCAUGGUCCCGUCUCGCCGGCCGUGGAACCUGGGAGCCACGCCCUCGCUGCGCGGCCUGUGGAGAGUGGGCCGGGCCCGCGCGCCCGAGCCGGGGAUGGCUCGCCCCGCCCCCGCCGGCCCGGCCGCCCGCCCUUUCCCAUACACCGGCCCGGGGAGGUUGAGAACUGGGCGUGGAAAAGACACCCCGAUCAGCAGUGACGAGGACUCCGGAGCCCGAAGUGCAGCUCGCCCAGCCCUAGCUCAGUGUCGAGCCCUCAGUGUGGACUGGGCCGGCCCUGGGAGCCCCCACAGGCUCUACCUGACCGUACAGCAAGCCCUGCUGGACAAGAGUCAGGGGACGAAGGAAGAGAAGCUCUCGAAGAGGCAGGCGCCGGCCCCCAGGCGGGCCCGGGAGGCCCACGAAGCCGGUGGCAGCAUGAAUGUAGAGAAAACAGGUGGGCGGCUCUUUGGCAGCGGGAGGUGCUCGAGCCUGGGGGGGCCGCCAGGUGUGGCCCCCAUGGUGCAUAGGAUGGUGGAGGCCAUGUCCCAGCUGCAGGAGGAGAAAGCUCGGCUACAGGAGGAGCUGGCAGCCCUUCAGGAGAGGCUGGCCCUCCAAGACAGUGACCAGCAAGCCACAUCCACCCAGCUGCAGAACCAGGUGGAAAACCUGAAGGAGAAGCUCAUUAGCCAGGCCCAGGAAGUGAGCCGCCUUCGAUCAGAGCUGGGAGGCACGGACCUGGAGAAGCACCGGGAUCUCCUGGUAGUGGAGAAUGAGCGGCUGAGGCAGGAGAUGCGGCGCUUCGAGGCCGAGUUACAAGAGCUACGGGCAAAGCCGGUGGCCCCCUGCGCGGGCUGCGAACACAGCCAGGAGAGUGCCCAGCUCCGGGACAAGCUGUCACAGCUACAGCUGGAGGUGGCGGAGAACAAGGGCAUGCUGUCGGAGCUGAACCUGGAGGUGCAGCAGAAGACCGACCGGCUGGCCGAGGUCGAGCUGCGGCUCAAGGACUGCCUGGCCGAGAAGGCACAGGAAGAGGAGCGGCUGAGCCGGCGCCUGCGAGACAGCCACGAGACCAUCGCCAGCCUGCGGGCCCAGUCGCCACCCAUCAAGUACGUCAUCAAGACCGUGGAGGUGGAGUCAUCCAAGACCAAGCAGGCCCUCAGCGAGUCCCAGGCCCGGAACCAGCACCUGCAGGAGCAGGUGGCCAUGCAGAGGCAGGUGCUGAAGGAGAUGGAGCAGCAGCUGCAGAGCUCUCACCAGCUGACGGCGCAGCUCCGGGCGCAGAUCGCCAUGUACGAGUCAGAGCUGGAGCGGGCACAUGGGCAGAUGCUGGAGGAGAUGCAGUCCCUGGAGGAGGACAAGAACCGGGCCAUUGAGGAGGCCUUUGCCAGAGCCCAGGUGGAGAUGAAGGCCGUGCACGAGAACCUGGCAGGUGUCCGGACCAACCUGCUAACCCUCCAGCCGGCGCUGCGGACCCUCACCAAUGACUACAAUGGGCUCAAGCGGCAGGUGCGCGGCUUCCCUCUGCUCCUGCAGGAGGCUCUCAAGAGUGUCAAGGCCGAGAUCGGCCAGGCCAUUGAGGAGGUUAACAGCAACAACCAGGAGCUCCUGCGUAAGUACCGCCGGGAGCUGCAGCUGCGCAAGAAGUGCCACAACGAGCUCGUGCGGCUGAAAGGGAACAUCCGGGUAAUUGCUCGUGUCCGGCCAGUCACCAAAGAGGAUGGGGAAGGGCCUGAUGCGACCAAUGCUGUGACCUUUGAUGCCGAUGACGACUCCAUCAUCCACCUGCUGCACAAAGGAAAGCCUGUAUCCUUUGAGCUGGACAAGGUCUUCUCCCCACGUGCCUCACAGCAGGAUGUGUUCCAGGAGGUGCAAGCCCUCAUCACCUCCUGCAUCGAUGGCUUCAACGUCUGCAUCUUUGCCUAUGGCCAGACGGGUGCCGGCAAGACGUACACGAUGGAGGGGACCCCUGAGAACCCCGGCAUCAACCAGCGGGCCCUGCAGCUGCUCUUCUCCGAGGUGCAGGAGAAGGCGUCCGACUGGGAGUACACCAUCACUGUCAGCGCGGCCGAGAUCUACAACGAGGUCCUCAGGGACCUGCUGGGGCAGGAGCCCCAGGAGAAGCUGGAGAUCCGUCUGUGCCCCGACGGCAGCGGGCAGCUGUACGUGCCAGGGCUGACCGAGUUCCAGGUGCAGAGCGUGGCGGAUAUCAACAAGGUGUUUGAGUUUGGCCACACUAACCGCACCACAGAGUUCACCAACCUGAAUGAGCACAGCUCCCGCUCGCACGCCCUGCUCAUCGUGACAGUGCGCGGGGUGGACUGCAGCACUGGCCUGCGCACCACAGGGAAACUGAACCUGGUGGACCUGGCGGGCUCGGAGCGCGUGGGCAAGUCGGGGGCUGAGGGCAGCCGCCUGCGGGAGGCACAGCACAUCAACAAGUCGCUGUCGGCUCUGGGGGACGUCAUUGCGGCCCUGCGCUCCCGCCAGGGCCAUGUGCCCUUCCGCAACUCCAAGCUUACCUACCUGCUGCAGGACUCGCUCAGUGGGGACAGCAAGACCCUCAUGGUGGUGCAGGUGUCCCCUGUGGAGAAGAACACCAGUGAGACUCUGUACUCCCUGAAGUUCGCUGAGAGGGUGCGCUCUGUGGAGCUGGGCCCUGGGUCCCGCAGGGCAGAGCUCGGGUCCUGGUCUAGCCAGGAGCAUCUGGAGUGGGAGCCAGCUUGCCAGACCCCACAGCCCUCAGCACGGGCACACUCAGCCCCUGGCUCUGGGACCAACAGCCGCCCAGGCUCUAUCCGGAGGAAGCUGCAGCCCUUGGCCUGACGGCUGGGGCUGCAGAGUCUCCAGGGAAGUCCAGGCCGGUGCCUGUGUGACGGACGCAUCCACCCUGCCAAACCGGGGACUGGAUCCACCUGCUGUAGCACCAAGAGCCCAGGAGGCGAAGGCCAGAGUGGAGGCAUCUCUUCUGCCUCGUAUCCACUCAGAAAUGAGAAAACAUGUUCCAAAGGAAAUGGUGUCUCUCGGCAGUGGGUGUGGGUGCAAAAGGCCCGGGCUGGAAGGGCAGAGAUGGCCCACUCUGCCUGGCAGGCCCGGGCCGUCAGCAGAUCCUCGUGGGGAGGGCAGGAGUGUGGGAGGCUGGGCCUCUGGCCUGGGCCAACUCGCUCCAGCCUGCAGGGCCUGUCUGUAACGGGUGGGCUGAAGAGCCCCCAGCAGGCCCAGGAGCCGUGAAUCUGGGCAGUCGGUGGGCACGCUGGGGCAGCCCUGGCCCCCUUCCCCUCCGAGGCAGGCCCCGAGUGGGUACGUGUAUAGUGUGACUAGGUGUACAUAGGAGCGUGGCCCUCCCUGCCGAGGGCUGGGCUGUAUUUAUGGCUGGUGGGAGGCCAGUGGGUGGGGAUCCUGCUGCUCCCCUCAUCUGCCUGGCACCAGGCUCUCGCCUUGCUCACUGGCCUCUUGACAUUUUCCUCCUCUGAAAUCCUAUUUAAGAACUUUUGGAAGCUUAGCCAUUUUUACUUAUUAAAAUAAAAACCUUUUUACACAACGAUA